UUGAUAAGUGUUCGUGGCAAACAGGAAGAACCGGUUUAUUCCGUAAGGUUUCGUGAGUUUAUAAAACGAGCACCGUCUGCUUAGGUGGCCAGAAACAUUCAUAGAGCUACUGUAGUGUGUUUCGACGGAGACUGAGCUCUGGGACACUCAAUCUGAAGACACGGGGGCUGAGAAAAGUGGGAGACACAGAGGACGCAACGAGCAUAUAUCAUGAAUAGCAAUGCUAUUCCAAGCAACGAUCUGGGUGUUAUGUCACAGUGUCUGGUGGACUGUCGGGCAUGGACACGGGCAGCUCAUACCGGUGUGGCGCCUGGAGAGCUGGGAGCAGGCGCGGCAGUACUGCCAGAUGCACUUUGUGGAUCUGGUGGUUGCAAACACUGAAGAGCAGCUGGGCACCUUGCUUGGAAAUGCUGAGCGUGAGACUGGUAGUUUCUGGAUUGGGCUGCGCUAUAGGGACCCGAGUGGCUGGAGCUGGGUGGAUGGAAAGGCCUUGACCUACAGCCCGUGGUACAGGCUUAGCCGCCGCGGAGACUGCGGCACCAUUGAAACCAGUCUGCCAGGAGCUCAGAAGCUCCUUCCACGAAUCUGCAUGGAGAAGCGGCCCUUCCUCUGCCAGGGGCCUGUUCCUCCGCUCAAAAUCGAAGUUGGCUUUGUGGGGACGGCCUGCGUGAGCCUGAGCUGGCCCAGACCUGCCCCCAUGCAGGGUGUCCAGUACAGCUUCAACGUGAGCUACGUCUCUGCCUCUCAGGGGAGCCGCAAGUCCUACUUGUCAAACUCCAACUCCACCAUAAUCUGUGACCUGACUGCCGGAGACACAUACAACUUCUCAGUUUCCACAGUCAUGGGGAGAGCUACUCAGAGUGACCCAGUCUCUGUCAGUGUCCUUAUGCGCUUGCACCCACCAGUGAAUGUAAUGGUGGAAUCUAUCGGCUCAAACUCUGUGACUCUUAGCUGGAGCUCAGGAUCCAACAGGUCAUGCUUGUAUAAUGUGUCCUACUACUCGCUUGAUGGGUCCCACUCUGGCUUUAGUGUGAGGCCCGAGCUCAGCAGUCACGUGACCAUUGGCAACCUUUGGUCACAAAUGGAGUACAUCGUCAGCAUCAUGGCUGUCAGCCUCUCAGGGGCCCAGAGUGUUCCUGUGACUGUCUUUCUAAAUACCUGUUCCUACAGUAUGACAUUGGCUGCCAUCACAUCUCACAGUAUGCCGUUUGUUUUCUUGAUGCUGAUAUUAUGGCUUCUCCAUCAGAUCUUUAAAACUACAAAAAACGAUGACUCUGAGGAGCAGUACUCACGAGAGACUAUGGUUGACGUAAUCCACCAGUCAUCUUAGAUCCAUUUGUUUACUCUUUUCACUGAGAUUCCCAUCUACUGGUUACCUCAUUUUCUGUCACCAGCCUUAACCCUAAGUAUAACAUAUGAGUUAUACCCAGUUACACUGUGAAUAACCCUGAAUGUAAAACUGAAUUUUGACUUGUUAUUGGUAACACUUUACUCGAGGGGACACAAGUAAUGUCCUAUUAUGCUAUUACUUGUAUAUUAAUUAACCACAAACUCAGUCUUACUUAGUCUCGGAUACAUAUUGAAGUCAUGUUCGAUCAUCGUUAAUGAAUCAUGAUGCAUCUUUUGUCAAACAAUCACUAUAUUUACUACAUCUAUUCAUUCUGUAAACCUUUGUGAUCUACUGAGGAACUACUGAAGGAAAUACUGAAGGAACAAGUAUUUGUAACCAAUGAAAUAUUGAUCUCAUGCUAGUUCAUCAUUAAUGAAUCAUGAAGCAUCUUUCAUGUUAAGUAGCUGCUAUAUUUGUACAUGAUUUGUAUUUCAGUAAUAACUGAGUCACUACUAAGUAUUAGGGUCCCCUCAAGUAAAGUGUUACCCUGUUAUUGAACUGUUAGCUAUUCUUUUUGCACAAUAUUUAUUGUUGUUUUUUUGCUGCUAGAAACCCAAAAUGUGCUGUGUAUUGCUAUGUAUGGGUGAGAUGGAGGCCCAGAGGGCACCAUUGCCACCUCACACCUCCAGGGCUGGGGCUGGAACCCCUGCUUCGGUGUGUAGAGUUUGUACAUUUUCCCCAUGUUGCUUGGGCUUCCGCUGGGUACUCUGGAUUCAUACGCAGUCUCAUAGUGUGUGCAUGCAUGUGACCUGUGAUAGACUGGGCGUACCCAAGCCUUGUCCCCUAUACUGCCUGGGUAGGUUCCCUGUGACUCUGACUAUGAUAAGUGGUUGGAAGAUGGAUGGGCCAAACCAAAGUACAGUGGAAACUGCUUAUAGUGAUGACAGUUAUAGUGAUCAACCGGCAAUAUGGAUCAAAAAGCUUGGGACAAGAAACAUUCCUAUAAAAAUUCUGUUUCAAUAAUUCACUAUUGCAAUCAAGUCGUCCAUUUACAGUUUUCAUUAACUGCCUGACUGCAUUGUACCUGUGAAGUUUGGUGGAGGAGGGAUAAUGGUAUGGGAGUGAUUUUCAGGGGUUGGACUAGGCCCCUUAGUUCCAGUGAAGGG